AUGGAUACAAAUAAGCCACCUCUACUAAGUAGUAAUAUGACAACAAAUUCAUCCCCCGAACGACUAGUAGAAUCAAAUGCUUCAAGUGAAGAAAAUGGAAAUCUAAACAUCAACCCCAACAUGAACUAUUACGAACAACAACCGAAUAUAAAUUACGAACAAAUUCAAUGCAUGUGCGAAGCUUUGCAGCAACGCGGAGAUUUGGAGAGACUUGCGACUUUUUUGUGGAGCUUGCCGCCUACGGAACUUCUUCGGGGGAACGAGAGCGUUUUGAGGGCCAGGGCUUCUGUGGCUUUCCACAGGGGCGUCUUUCAUGAAUUAUACUCUAUACUUGAGGCUCACACAUUUGAUUCAAGAUAUCACGCCGAAUUGCAAACAUUGUGGUUCAGGGCACAUUACAGGGAAGCGGAAAAAGUACGAGGAAGACCCUUAGGUGCUGUUGACAAAUAUAGAUUGCGUAAAAAAUAUCCUUUGCCAAAAACUAUUUGGGAUGGCGAAGAAACUGUUUAUUGUUUCAAAGAAAAAAGUAGGAAUGCUUUGAAAGAUUGCUACGACCGAAACAGAUAUCCAACACCUGAUGAAAAGAAAGCUUUAGCCAAAAGAACUGGUUUGACUUUAACACAAGUUUCAAAUUGGUUUAAAAAUCGGAGACAGAGAGAUCGAACGCCACAACAUAGAUCGGACGUAAUGAUGCCGAGUAUAUCAUCAAUGGGACCUCUACAAAUAAAUAAUUCAAUGGACAACAUGACGGCCGCUUCAUUGCAAAGACUUUUUCCUGCAAAUUCUGGAGUCGUCAACUAUGGUCCUUAUGGGGAAUAUGUGCAAAAUAGUCAAAUUUCAACAAUUAGCAAUUAA